AUGGUAUCCAAGGAAGAUGAGAACCAGGCAGAGAAGUUCAUCCAAGCUUUAAAUGCAAUCAUCAAAGAAGACCUUGAUCCAGAGCGACAUUGUUUUGCGAAGCUUUUUGGCAGCAUGAGCACUGGAUUUGGGACAAAAGGCUGCGACUUUGACGUGGUCAUUUUGAGUGCCAAUACGCCUGAGUCUGAAUCCACUGAAGACAACAAAGAUGUCUUGAUGAAGCUCAGGAAGAUUCUUUUGGACAAGCCAGACUUUGAGAUCAAGAACGUCAUCCUGACAGCACGUGUGCCCAUACUGAAGUUGGAGUAUGGAGGUCGUGACGUUGACGUUUCAGUGAACAAUGAGAAGGCGUUGAAAAACUCACGUUUGCUCCACGCAUAUGCGCAGUUGGAUCCCUUAAUCGCAGAGAAGCAGGGCCGCAAGCAGAAUAGCCCGGAUCAGUUACAAAAUUCUUUCAAUUAUCAGACGCAAAGCAAGGUGAAGGUGAAGGUGAAGGUGUGA